CUUUGGACUUUUAACAUAGACAGGAACAUGCCACUAGAAUUUAAAUGGACUCAGAUUAGUCAUUAUUCUAGCAUAAUAGCAUAUAACUGUAUUUGAUUACACCUGAAAUGGAUUUGUUGGAUUAAAAGUUAAUCUUCAGCUGGAAAGAACAGCUAAACUUUGCUUUAAGCCUCUUGUCCACUUUUUAUUGCAGAUGUGAAAAAUAGCAAAGCUAAAUUUUAUUUCACAGUAGUUCUAGACCUGACUUACAACAAACAGAAGUAAAAAGCCCCGAAGAUGCAAACAUGAAGUCUAGACUUUUGUAGUGUCAAAAAAAUGUGAGUUUGCUUAAAUACGUAAUACAGGAGAACAUGUCUUCUGUGUAAUAAGGUGAAUUGUGGAUAAAAAUUAAAUUACUGAAAAAUAGUUAGAGCUUGAUGACAAUUAUAUAGAAAGAAAGAAUCUACAAAUCUAUAAAGAGAAAUUGAGAGGGAAAUAGUGUAGUUUUUAUAAGUCAUUGACCUAUGGUACCCUCCAAAUUGAUCUUCUGAUUUUUUUUUUUUUAAAUAGUGCGAAGACAAGACAGGCAGCUCUUGAAAGUAUUAAAAAUGCACUGGCUUCAAAAAUGCUUUAUGAAUUUAUUCUGGAAAGAAGAAUGACUUUGACUGACAGCAUUGAACGCUGCCUGAAAAAAGGUAAGAGUGAUGAGCAGCGUGCGGCUGCAGCAUUAGCAGCGGUUCUUUGUAUUCAGUUGGGCCCUGGAAUUGAAAGUGAAGAGGUUUUAAAAACUCUUGGACCAAUCCUAAAGAAAAUAAUUUGUGAUGGGACAGCUAGUAUCCAGGCUAGGCAAACUUGUGCAACUUGCUUUGGUGUUUGCUGUUUUAUUGCUACAGAUGACAUUACUGAGCUGUAUUCAACUCUGGAAUGUUUGGAAAGUAUCUUCACCAAGUCCUAUCUCAAAGAGAAAGACACUAAUGUUAUAUGCAGCACCCCUAAUACAGUGCUUCAUAUCAGCUCUCUUCUUGCAUGGACAUUAUUACUGACCAUAUGCCCAAUCAAUGAAGUGAAGAAAAAGCUUGAGAUGCAUUUCCAUAAACUUCCAAGCCUCCUCUCUUCUGAUGAUGUCAACAUGAGAAUAGCUGCUGGUGAAUCUUUGGCACUUAUGUUUGAAUUGGCCAGAGGGAUGGAGAGUGACUUUUUUUACGAAGACAUGGAAUCUUUGACGCAGAUGCUUAGGGCCUUGGCUACAGAUGGAAACAAGCACCGUGCCAAAGUGGACAAGAGAAAGCAGCGAUCGGUGUUCAGAGACAUCCUGAGGGCAGUGGAGGAACGGGAUUUUCCAACAGAAACUGUUAAAUUUGGCCCUGAACGAAUGUAUAUUGAUUGCUGGGUCAAAAAACAUACCUAUGACACCUUUAAGGAAGUUCUUGGAUCAGGGAUGCAGUAUCAUUUGCAGUCAAAUGAAUUCCUUCGUAAUGUAUUUGAACUUGGACCCCCGGUGAUGCUUGAUGCUGCAACACUUAAAACGAUGAAGAUUUCUCGUUUUGAAAGGCACCUGUAUAACUCCGCAGCCUUCAAAGCGCGAACGAAAGCUCGAAGCAAAUGUCGAGAUAAGAGAGCAGAUGUUGGAGAAUUCUUCUAGAUUUUCAGCACUUGGAAGACCACUUUCUAAUUUUGGUGUUUUUUUUUUGGUAAUUUCUAAUGUAUUUAAAUUAGAGACAGUUUUUCUCUAGGGUCAGCUUAGAUAGCUUUUGUAGCAGGGGUUAUAUUAUAAUUUAAUGUGUACAGUAUUGCAAAUGGUGAGUUCUGAUUAUUGAAUAUUCUCUGUAAAUCAUUAAACAUAAAUAAAGUGUAAUGUUUGGUCAUUUUCUAUUUAUGAAGAGAGCAAAAAUACAGUAUUUCACUUGAUUUCAUAAUGAGGAAAACUAUUACCCAAGGUUAAAUUUCUUAUACUGUGGUUGUCCAAAAAUAUUGAUUAUAAUGAUGUAAAUAUACAAGGUAUUUAACUUUAAGAUGUUAGAUAGGUGAGUUCUGGAUACAGUUUUGGGAGCUAGUUCUUCUGGAAAAGCUGCUAUAUUUUAACUUUUAAAUGGAACCUAAUUUAAUUUUGUCACUGGGAUCAACAUAGAGAAUUAUACCAUGAGACCUUAACAGCUGCACUUAAAGGUCAUUCAGUCCAGCUUUUGGGAGUUCAUGAAGAAUUAGCAUAUGCCAGAAAGGCUGCUAACGUUGACCUCUGAGGGUACUAACACAUUUUAUCUGCUAUAUUCUUGUAUUUUGAAAUAAAGAUCUUUUCACAUAAAAAGUGCUUCUUUUCUAGUAGAAGAAACAUUUAUGGGUCUGAAGUAGAGUUCAAAAUGACCAACCUAGGUAGGGAGUGAGACAAAACUUACUUUGUAUAUUUGGACACAUGAAAAUAAAUGAAAAAAAUGUAGCAAUGUCAUUGGGAAUAUUACUGUAGAAUAAUAUUAUAGCAUAUCAUUGGGAUUCUAGUUACUGAUUUCUUUGGUAUUGAUACGGAAAACAGUAAUAAGAGGUACGAGGGGUGGGGAAGCAUGUACACUGUAGAGAAGAACCAAAAUCAUUGAAGGUACUUCACAAACUAGCGUUCUUCCUCUCCUGCAUUUUCCACAUCUCUGGGAGGUCUGAUGGGGCCCCUCCUUGCACACGGGCUGGCCUGAGGGGGCGCUCUUGCUGCUGCGAGUGUCCGGCCCACCCCUCAGAUCCGGUGCAGAGGAAGACUGCCUUCGAAUCCAGAACUUGAGUGUGCAUGCUGUCACCUCCUUGUACUCCCAAGUAGGUUAGAACUGUGGAAAAGAGAUUGCAAGUAGUGUUUUUGCCCCCUAAAUUGUCAAUUUCCUGUAUGUAUACAUACUUUUAAAUAAUGAAUUUUUAUUAAAUGAUCUAUAUACAUAGCUUAAUGGUACUGCAAGGACUGUAAGGAAAAAUGUUAGCUCCUGGCUCCUCCUUUUCCAUUCCCUUCCUAGGAGGGCAUUUCAGCCUUGAGGUUUUUCCUAGUGCCUUGGUUUCAGAUUUCUGAGUAAUAGGCUUAUACUGCUUAUUUAUAAUUUACUAUGUUUAGAAACCUCUGACAGCUUCCUAUUUGAUAGAUGAAGGUUUCUGCCUUUUUACUUUUUUCUCAUUCUCCCAGUAUUUUUUCAUUAAACUGGCAUCAUUGCA